CCUUCAGGGGCGGGGCCCGCGGCGGCAGCACCAAGAUGGCGGCGAGCGGUGUACGCCGGGCGGCCUCUGUGGCAUCGGGGGCCGUGGGCACGGCGGUGAAGCCCAUCUUCAGCCGGGACCUAAACGAGGCCAAGCGGCGGGCGCGGGAGCUGUACCGGGCCUGGUACCGCGAGGUGCCCACCACCGUGCACCUUUUCCAGCUGGACAUCUCUGUGAAGCAGGGCCGGGACAAAGUCCGAGAGAUGUUCAUGAAGAAUGCCCAUGUCACGGACCCUCGCGUGAUCGAUCUUUUGGUCGUUAAGGGGAAGAUAGAACUGGAGGAGACAAUUAAAGUUUGGAAGCAGCGCACACACGUCAUGAGAUUCUUCCACGAAACAGAAGCCCCGAGACCCAAGGAUUUCCUCUCCAAGUUCUAUGCUGGCCAUGACCCGUGAUAUGACUGCAAAGGGAUGUGUUGGUAUUUCAUUCUAAUACUGCAAAUAAACUCUAUGGUGGAA